UGCGCCCAGAGGGCAGCAGUGUCUCCUAGCAACGUGCUUGCUGCGACGUCACGGUGGCGGGUUCUCAGCGAGCAGGCCAGGUGGAACAGCCAGUGCACCCUCCAGCCGCUGGGUCAGAAGUCGUCGUCCUCCGGUUUGUGCUGCCCACCCUACCCCGCCUGGUUCCGACCUACCUUCCAGGAGUCUUCGCCGACCCGGUCCGCCUGUGGCCUCGGUGGGACGAUGCUGGAGUCUAUUCGCGUGACGGCACUAAACAGCUGGUGGCCUGUAAUCCCAGACACUUGGGAAGCUGCAUCAGAAAAUGGCAUGCUCCAGGUCUUUCUGGGAGAAAAAACUGUGCACAGCAAUGAAUCCAAGUCAGAUCCUUCUACCUCUACAGCCUCCCACACCCCCCUGAAUUCCCCACUUCUGUCCGGUGCGUCAGUCCCUCAGCUCCUCACACUCUCUGCAGAAAAGCUUCACUGGCCUGAGCAUGAACUUGCUAAGAAGUCUGUUCUAAAUGCAGAAGAGGCAUUGACCAUUGACAGCAAAAGAAGCUUUUCCAAUGUGUCCUGUGGAGUUCUCAAGGACACUUUCACAACUGGGACCAGUAGUUACAAUGUUCUGCUACAGAGCAAGGAGGAGAGAAAGCACCAUUCACAAAAGCAGUCUUCCUCUGCCCACUCCAAACGGCGCAGAAAGCCCAGCAAAUCUCCUAGCUCUUCUUGUAGCAAAGACUCUAACAGGAUGACAAGCCUGGUUCCUGUGACAAACAGCGCGACCUGGUACUGCCUGGAGAGGCAGCCUGCUGCUGUUGUCACUAGUUCAGCACCGAGUCCCGUAAAGUUUACCCGUGAUAUCUCUGUUUCAGGGAGCGGCAUAGCACUGCCACCUAAACCAAAAAGCAAGGCCAUGCGCCACAGUCUGACCCCUCUCCCGAAGCCAAAGCCGCAGCCGCAGCUGUGCAGAAGCUUUGAGAAAGGAGACGACGUUUCUGGGAAGAAGCUGUGCAUACUCACCGCCAUAAAGCCCACCAACCUGGAGAGGGAGAAGCUGAAGUUCUUCAAGUCAGACCACACGUACAACCCUCAGUUUGAAUAUUCCAAUCCCGUUCUGCCAAAUGUGUUAGCCAAGCACAGCAACGCCUCUGACCGGUUUCUGAAGCAGUCCAUCAAUAUUAUGGAGCUGACUUUACAGAAAUAUGGAAGUUAUGAGGAAUUUGAGCAAGCUACUGGUGGUAGCUUGUUGUCUAAAACUCGAAUCUGGAGUCAUGUUAGGAAGUACAUGCUGAAGGAAGGCUGCCUUGGAGAGAUUGUAGUUCAUCUCACUGAAGACCUGCUUUCCAGGGCAUCCAUGACAGUAGUAAACGGAUGCCCAACUCUGUCCAUCAAUAUUUCCACUGCACGAGAGCACUGGCUGGAGGGCAUGCUGAGGCACGAGAUAGGCACACAUUACUUUCGGGGUAUGAACAACCUUCAGCAGCCAUGGAACAAUUGGCUUGGCCGCAAAAAACAUGAGUUAAAGCCGAACAAUCCUACGGAGGAAGGACUGGCCAGCAUUCAUAGCGUCCUGUUCAGAAAAGACCCUUUUUUGUGGAGGGCUGCUCUGCUCUACUACACAGUCUAUCAGGCCAGCCAAAUGUCUUUCUGCGAACUCUUCAAAGAUAUUGGCAAGUUUGUGAAGGAUCCUAAUACAAGAUGGGAUUAUUGUGUCAGAGCCAAGAGAGGGUUGACGGAUACUUCCCAGCCAGGCUGCUUCAGUAAAGACCAGGUGUACUUGGAUGGGAUCCUUCAAAUCCUUCGAUUCCGAGAGUCCAUAGACUUUCAUCUGCUGACCGCCCUGGGCAAGGUAUCUUACGAAGAUGUGGAGCGCUUAAAAGGCUUGGCGGUGACUGAAAACAUGAGAGUCCCCCACUUCCUUCUAGAUCACAGCCGGUACAGGGAGCACUUAGAGAAGAUCAUGGAGGUGAAUGAGCUGACGGAUGCUGAGCUGAAAAACCUCAUUUAGAAGCAGCCUUGACUCCAGUGUCUUAGCCGCUGGGGGCACCUUGCACCUGCAGAAUCAGAAGAGAAGAGUGGUGGCCGACCGUUUUCUCAAGACCAGCCCUCAGCAUCCCCUGAGAUCUUAGGUGGCACAUAGACCUGGAACUGUUUUCUUAAAAUGUCUCUAUAGACUGCAGGUGGAAGUCACUGCCCUCUCCAUCCAGAUCUCUCCAGAGACCAAUGACGAUCCUGCUGCUGAAGAAGACUCCAGGGUCAGCUGUAAACCUGAGCACUGAGGCCAGCUCUGGAUUGUAGGUGGCCAUAUUCUAAGCUGUGUUGUAUAAAUCUAAGGUUCUAUUUCUUCUGCUAAACAGUGAUAAUUGUUCUUACUUGAACCACUCAUUUUGUAACACCCUAAAAGGCUAGCAAAGAGUUUUUAUUUUUCUUAUGUUAAGUAAUGUUGAGAAUGAAAAAAAAUUGAAAACUUUUCAUUAAGUUCUUUAUUUUAUACAUUUUUUCCUUACUUUUUCAGUUUAUAUUAAACUAAAGUGUUUGUGUGUGUGUGUGUGUGUGUGUGUGUGUGUGUGUGUGUGUGUGUGAAGAAUCAGACAUGGCUGCCACUGCCCUAUGCCCCAAGCCUUGACAUUUUUUCUCUUUCCUCUGUGCCCCCUCCCCCUUUCUGAGAACACUGAAGAGAACGGCAGGCUGGCAGUACCUAGAGCGCCACCUACCACACAGGGCCUGGCUGUUACCCCCAAGCCUAACUGUUCGCUUCUUGGAAACUCAGUUACCCCUUUUGAUUUCUACUCAAGUUUUAAAGAUCCUCCCCUUGGCGAGGAAGUAGAGGGACUGUGCCCUGCAGCAGGGGUCUUGAGAAAAUGAGUUGCCACUUUCUGCCUUUUAUCUCCUCACAUCAACAGGGGGGAAAGAGGCCACUCACCAUGCUUGGAAUAUGUGCUGAGGAGGACAAGCUGACCUAGGAUGUACCAAUUUCUGGGCAUUUCCUUCCGAUAAGCAACCUUUGAUGACUUCUGAAACAGACUGAACUUACGGGAAUGUCAUGUUUGUGUCCGUUUCCUCCUUGCAGAGCGUACACCUGGCCUCGUAACCGCCUCUCCCUGCAGCUUAGCCACAAGGAGGAAUGCUGCCGUAAGCGCUCCAGGGUAGCUGCAGUGACUUCUGCCCAAAGCUACCUGAGGGCUUAUUUUGAAUUUUGACCUCGGCGCAGGUUGAACUAUGCAGCCGACCGCAGCAGACAAAUGCAAAGCCUGGCAUGUGCCAAAGGCUGGGCUUUACGACUUCCUCCUUCACACACCUGGAAGGGCUCGCUUCAGAUGACCGUGUUACAAUUAAACCCAGGGUGUCUCCUCUCAAGAAGGGCAGACCUCUUGCUCUUGGCAACAGAGUGAGGCCCUUUGGAUCAUGGGAAACCUGCCUCCUCGCUCCACACAACAGUCGGCAGUGUCUGCGCAUGUGUGUGCCAGGAAGGAGUGGGACUGGAGAGGUGGGCCACCCACCCCUGACCCCUCGAGCAAGUCUCUGCUAGCGCAGUCCGGCCUUGUCUCCCGUUCUCUCCCCUCUUAGAACGCAUCCAUGGGACUGUGCAGAGCAGCCUUAGGAGGGAAAGAAGGGCAGAGUUAUGUCAUGUGAUCCCCACCCGGAUGCUUACACAUUUAGUUCUUACCUCCUGGUUAGAAUAGUAAGGCACCUCGACAGCUUUAUUUCUUGUUUGGGGAUUUUUUGCAGCGGUUUUGAAGUGGGUGGAUCUACUGCCUCUGAUUUGGAAAGGGAAUUGCUUUCUUGCCUUACUAUCUUGGUGCAAAGAUAAAAAGAAUAAAAUACAAAAGCAUUCUGAAGAGCAGCACCGACUGUAAGAGUCUUCAGAAGUUAACAGCAGCUAAAAGUGAUGUCAGAACGGCAGAAGUGGCUGAAGACCUUCUCUGUCAAAGCUGAGACUGAUGGGCCGGUGUGGCUCACAGCUUUAAUUUGAGCACCUGGAAGGAAGGCAGAUCUCUGAGUUCCAGGCCAGCCAGGAAUACACAGUGAGAAACCGGUUUCUUCUCUCUCUCUCACUCUGUUUCUUUUUGUUGGAGACAGGGUUUCUCUCUGUAGCCCUGGCUAUCCUGGACUCACUUUGUAGACCAGGCUGGCUUCAAACUCAAAGCAAUCUACCUGCCUUUGCAUUCUGAGUGCUGGGAUUAAAUGUGCGCACCACUAUGCUUGUUUCAAAGCAAACAAAAAAAUAAGUUGAAGUUGAUGGUAUAUAUUCUCUUUAGUACAUUGAAGGUAAG